AUGCAUGAUUUUCUAUUCCAACAAGAGGAAGAUCGUGGCGAGGAAAGAGAAGAAGAGCAGCGCUAUACAGAGCCAACUUGGAGAUUCAAUAUCAGACUGCUUAACGUUCCGCGGGAUAUCUACGAAUACCUCAUGGCAGCAGGCUGCCUAGGCCCUCUUCCUUGGAAGCUUGAAUACGAAAUACUCAGGAUGUACGUCAGAUAUGUACAUCCUGUUUCAACAUUCCUGGCCGAUAUAAUUGGGAAAGGAGAGUCGAAAAUAAAGAGUGCGCUACUCUAUCAAGCGGUCAUGCUUGCUGGCAGCGCCUUCGUCAAGGACCAUGCUAAAGCAGCCGGAUAUUCCUCUCUUGUUGAUCUGAGGAGAAAGUUGUUCUGGAAAGCGAAACUUCUCCAUGAGGCUGGGAUAGAAUUUGACCCCUAUUCCCGAAUACAAGCGUUGAUAUUGAUGACGCUUUGGCAUGAAGACAGCAUGGGACAGAAAGACCCACCGUACUGGCUCGACAUCGCCCUAUCAACAGCCAAGCAUAUGCAGUUGAGUGAAAAUUUGCAUUCUGGGAAUUUCUGUCUUCAGAAUCGGAUCUGGUGGUGCCUCUACGUUCGAGAUCGUAUAAUCGCUCUUGCAUUUGGGCGUCGCAUUAACAUCCUCAGAGAGGAUAUAUGGGUUUCGGUUUGGGGGACCUGGAUGCGUGCUUGGAUACGUAUGACAGCUACGUUUUGGAGCGCCUGGGAGAUGACACUGCUCAAUACCUGA